AAUAAAAAACACAACACAGUCUCUGAUUUUCCCAAACCCCCAAAAAUACAAGCAAAAAGAAAACUCACUAUUUAAAACCCAUUUCACUAACCCAACAGCAAAAGACAUAACUGAAUUAGGGUCUUGUGGUUACUCAUCAUCAUGGACGCUGCAUCCGGGGCAGUGGCUCCGCCGACUGCAGCCACUGCAGCUGAGCCUCCACAGCCGGAGGGAUCAUCGGCCGCGGCGCCCAGCCGUUACGAGUCGCAGAAGCGGCGCGACUGGAACACUUUCUUGCAGUACCUGCGGAACCACAAGCCGCCAUUGACGUUAGCGCGCUGCAGUGGGGCGCACGUGAUCGAGUUCUUGAAGUACUUGGACCAGUUCGGGAAGACGAAGGUGCACAUAGCGGGGUGUCCUUACUUUGGACACCCCAACCCUCCAUCGCCCUGUGCCUGCCCUCUCAAGCAGGCUUGGGGCAGCCUCGACGCCUUAAUUGGUCGACUCCGGGCGGCCUUCGAAGAAAACGGAGGCCGCCCUGAGUCGAAUCCGUUCGGCGCCCGUGCUGUGAGAAUUUACCUUAGAGAGGUAAGAGAAGGCCAAGCUAAGGCCCGAGGAAUCCCCUAUGAGAAGAAGAAGCGUAAGAGAGCCACCGUCACAGCCGCCGUUGUGUCCGCCGUGAGCGGUAGCAGUCAUAAUAAUAAUAAUACUGCAAGCGGCGCUGGCGGCGGCAGUGGUGACACUAAUGGAGCUGGUGUUAGUGUAGCUUCUGCCACUCCUGCUAGUGCUACCCCUAGUGUUACUACAACCACCGUAUAA